AUGGAUCAAUGUAAUUUCCCAGGAAAGAUCCCCACAAACCAUCAGAGAAACCAAAAGAGCUUUGAAAAUCAAUUCAAAAUCAUCAAACCUGGCGGUGGAUUGAACCCUCGGGCCAUUAAGGCGUGCAACCACUGCCGCAAAAAGAAGACUCGAUGCUUUGCCAUCGAUGAAGCAAAGAACAUUGCUGCUUGCUCAAGGUGUAAAGGCUUGGGACUACUUUGCAGUUUCGAGGAAGAUAUUGUCGAUGCUGGGAAAUUCCAAUCGGUAGCGGAUCUCCGAAGCUUUGAGGCGUCACGCGAAAACAACAACAACAAUAAUAAUAAUCAUCAUUAUCAUAAUAAUCAUCGUCCUGACAUCCUGGGUUAUCGACAGGAAAUGGAUAAAUUGAACCAGAUUCAUGAUGACAUAAAGAAAUUGGCCCGGUAUUUAACCACUAACAAUGAAUCGUUAUCUUCGAUAAUUCCAGCCCCUCAUUCAAGCACCACCACCAACUAUGACUUAACUACCAAUCAUCAUCAACGUCCAAUUAUCAAUAAUAAUCUUGGCCCAAGCAUCGCUUCAACUACCAUCCAGAACGAAUUCCCCGAGCAACCCAAAGUAAUCACCCCUUCAACCAUGAUUCCUCUGUCAUUUAUGACAUCGGCAUACAAUAUUCUAAAAGAAGCCCCACCAGCUUCGUUAUUACCAUUCCCAGUAACCCAUCUUCUUAGUCCCCCAGCCCCGGUGCUCGAGAAAGAUAUUGUCACCCUUCGAUUCAUUAGUAAAGCCGAAGCCUAUUCUCUAUUGAACAUUUUCAGAGAAAAAUACGGAAAAUGGAUUUCUCUCAAACCAGACAUCACCACCGAAGAGCUCCUCAAUGAAUAUCGUACAGAAUCCUCGUUAUUACUCGAUGUAUGCUGUUUAGUGGCGUUGCGCAGCUCCAGAAACCAAGCUCUUAAACGGAAAAUCACUCAGAUACUAAUCAAUCGGAUUUCCAAUAGCUUAGCCAAAGAAAUUCUUAAUAAUCCUAGCACAGACCUCAAGUACAUUUCCACAUUGACCCUUCUUUCAUUUUACGGGUACUCGUUAUCACAACCCGCUAAUUUCAAUAUUGACCCCUGGUUUUAUUCGGGAUUGGCAUUGAAACAUUUUAUCACCUCUAUCAAUUACAAUCCUUCAUUUAUCAAUGCCACGGUCUCGUUUCUUCCCGAUGCCGACUCGCAAUUCGAUUUGUUGACCUAUAUGCGGAUCUACGAUCAUUUAAUCGUCACCCAUUUGUUCAAUUGUGUGGUCAGUGGAAGGACUUGUUCAAUUGAUAGAAUACGGUUGAAUAAGAUUCGAUCGAAGCUUGAUAUUGUGUAUGCCGGGGUGUUUGAUGGAAAAAUGACGGCCGAAGUAUGCCUUAGUGAUAUCGUUUACGAUUUCUUUGUCAAUGAUAUGACCGGGGGUGACGCCCUUGGGAAAUUCUACGCCGUUGUUAAGAAACUCGAUGAUUGGUACAAUGAUUGGAAUUAUCUUAUCAAACAACCAAUCCCUCAAUUACUUGAAUUUUUCUUCAAUUUUUACUCGCUUUUAAUUCAUUACCAUAUAAAUUUCCAAUUAUAUUUCAACAAACUUAAUCAGAACUUACUCGGAAAUGUCAAUCCAGAAAGUGCCGACCAUCUAGAUGAUUUCCAAAGACUUUUCUCCACCGACCCCACGAAUUUCGAAACUUUCUCCAAUAUCGUUUGGCACAUUGGUGCUGACCACCUUGAAAAAAUGUGGUACAAUUGUUUGAUAAUCGUCAAUGAACUUCUUAGUUUCAUCAACAAACUGAACCUUGAUAUCAUGAUCGAUAACUCCGAGCAGUUCGAAUACUUCACCGACCAGAUCCAUUUUUCGCUUUUUUUCAGUAUUAUUGUGUUUCUCAGGCUUAUGAGUAAUUUCUUUAGGAAACCUCAAUCUGCUUCAACGAUGCCGUCUGUACUGGACACCGCCACCAACACAACUUCCCAGGGGUUAUUAUUAGGUUCAUACCUCGAAUAUUUCCACAGAAAUUUCCAACCUUUUGAUAUCACAGGGAGCCUUCAGCACCAUAAGCUAACCCCCCAGCAAUUAAAGGCACGAGCACCAUUGCAUCAAAUGGAUAAACUGUCGUUUUUAAUUUACAUGACGGAGAUCCUCAUAAUUGUGAAAAAAUAUCAAAAAGUCUCCCAAGAGGUUGGCAAUGUCAGCAAUGAUGGACGGGUGAAUGAAAUCGACACUAAUAAUGUAUUUUACCGGUAUUAUUAUACGUUAAGACAGAAUAUUGUGAAAACAUUCCCGGGGAUUAAGAUUGAUGAUGUUUUUGAUUAG